AUGAAAAAAUGCUUCGAACGCUCUCUUCUGAGAUCCCUUUCGUACGUUGCACGAGACCUCGUGGCGGUCAGCGCCUUGUUCUACUCUGCCGUCUGCUUGACACGUCUUGAGUCGUCUUGGGCCAUUCCGCUCUGGGUCCUCUACAGUUUUGUCCAAGGUCUGUUCUUCACAGGGCUUUGGAUUUUGGCCCACGAAUGUGGCCACGACUCCUUCUCAAGCCAUCUCCAAGUCAAUGCGGCAGUUGGUUGGGUCCUUCACAGCAUUCUUCUUGUCCCAUUCUUCUCGUGGAAGUUCAGCCAUUCCCGUCAUCACCGUUACGCAAACCACAUGGACAAGGACACCGUCUUCGUGCCCAACCGCAAGCCAACUUCCGAGUCAAAGGCCGAACCGAGCUUCUUGACACGCCUCGUGGACCACGACGCGGCGGAUACACCCAUCGUCAGUCUCUUCACUCUGGCGAUUCACCAGCUCUUCGGAUGGCCAGCCUACAUCCUGAUCAACGCAGGAGCUGGCGCACAAAGCCUUACCAGAGGCCGUCGAUCCACCGUGCCGACCUACAAGCAAAGCCAUCUCGAUCCCACUUCGCCCGUCUUCACUCGUCAAGAGCAGCCAUACGUCCUUCUAUCCAACGCAGGCAUCGUGGCCGUCUUUGCAGUCCUCUAUCAAGUCGCUCAGACCCUAGGCUACCGAAACACUUUCUUCUUGUACGGUCUUCCUUACCUCUGGAUGAACCAUUGGAUCGGUAAGCAUCUUUUUGGCCCAACCGUGUAA